UGAAAAACAUUAUUUAUCUUUUAACUGUAUCACUAUCUGCAGUUUGCAAAUUUCGAGAAACUAACUGAAUUAAUUCAAAUGGAUUUCACGUACUGCGAGUUCCCCAGCACCGUUUCCAUUGACACCUUCAAGGCCUACUUCAAUCUCACCGAUGUCAAGUUGCCCAAAGUCGGAUGUAAAUCAUUGGACACAAUCCAGAGCCCCCAAGAAGUCCAGGAGGGCCAGGCAAAUCAAGCGAAAAGUCUGCGACAUCUUGUGCUCGAUGCCAUCGUUGAGAACUGGAGUGAGUUGCCGCUGUACCGCCAGCUGAAGCGACGGGAGGACCGCAACUACCUCCUGAGCCACCUGGACACCCAGCUGCCGCUGCAGCUGCUCAGCGCCCACAUCCGCGAGGACUUCUUCUGGCAGCGCUGCUACGGCUAUCGAUGGCGGAGCGCCCCAAUUCAGGCGCGGGGCAGGGAGCGGCCCUGGAUCAACAUCUACAUGGAGCGACAUGUUCAGGAGUUUAUUGAAAACCUGCCGACGGCCGACUACGAGCAGGAAGGCAACGUGCAGGUCGUCCUGGACAUCUGCGCGGCGUACAUAAAUCAGUUGGAUAUAAGUUUCCUUCAGCCCGCCCCGCCCACAACCGAUGCAAAUGAUCACAUUCCACUUGAUUACCUGCUGAGCAAUCUGCCGGAUUUACGCCAACUGCGACUGAGUUACAGCACCAAGACGGCCGGCUGCAAUUACCAAAUGGGUUGCAACCAGUUGACUGUCAAGGAUAUUCUGCAUUUGACCAAGGGACUCAGCCAGUGCCACGAGUUGAGGAAGUUCUGUCUGCACAACACGAAGCUGAUGCCGUAUCAACUGCGAUUCCUGGCCCGCAGUCUGGAUAAGGGAUGCCACCAUCUGACCGAGAUGUCCUUGCUCCACUGUGCGGUGGGGGAUGCGGGAAUACGAUGCUUCUUAGAGACCUGCGGCAAGGAGUCCUUUGGCACUCUAACUGUCCUCGAUUUGACCAACAAUAAGAUCACUGAAGAAGGUGCCUACAUCCUGAGUCGCACACUAAGACAUGUACCCCUCCAACAAUUAAUCAUGCGCUUGAAUCCCAUUCAAAGUGAUGGUGCUGCUGCGAUCUUCAAUACCCUUCAGGUCAUGCCCAUUAAAGAGCUGGACUUGGGAACUUGUGGCAUUACCGAAACCAUAACAAAAUUGUUCAUGAUGCUUAUUUGCCAGCACACCACAUUAUUGGACAUAGACUUAUCAAAUAACUCUCUGGGAGAGGACUUUGGCAAGCACCUAAUGAAGAUCAUUAGUUGCAAUAAAGUUCUCGAGAAAUUGGACCUAAGAAAUACAGGCCUUUCGUUGGCCAUGCGUAGGAAAUUCCAAGAGUUCCUAAUCAAAAAUGUUGAACGCAAGAAACACGAGGCUUUGAAGCAAAAACAACGCGAUAAGUUUAAGGCCAUGAUGCAGCUAUAA